GUCACUAUCGUAAAUACAACAAAGUGAACGGAUAGCCUUUUUUCGCUAAAUUAGUUAAAUUAAUAGAACUGUGCAGCGGCAAAGUGAACAUGGAUGCCCAUCGGGAAGCGAUCCAGAAACAAAUACAUCAGGACUGGGCCAAUCGAGAGUACAUCGAAGUGAUAACGGCCAGCAUCAAGCGUAUCACCGAUUUCCUCAACUCCUUCGAUAUGUCCUGCCGAUCCCGGCUGGCGGUGCUGAACGAGAAGCUAACUACGCUGGAACGACGGAUCGACUAUCUGGAGGCGUGCGUCACGAAAGGCGAAACGCUGCAAUAGUAGUGAGCGCUCCGGGUGCGGCCUUAGAACAACAUGCUACACAAGCAACUUUUUCUUGCUCCGGAUUGCUGGAACGGAAUCCGUGGAAUAUACAUAUGCUACUGCACUGCGAUGGUAGGAGUGAGCGAGGAGCAACAGGAGAAAGCUUCACGAGUGAAGAUUUCAUCACAGAGUGACACUAUAGCGACAAAUGCACUUUCCUCUCCCGAAGUGAAGGAUGACGACGGUGGGUACGGUGGUACGAACGGGCCAUCGGAGUGAUAGGGGACGAAUGCAUACUGGACGCGACUCGAUCGGUUCCGGAUUGGUCUGUGAGAUUCGAACAUUUAUUAGGAUUUAUUUAUACGUAUCGUACGGCUUUAUAUGUUUCAUUCUAGGUUGAUUAGUAAAAAAACGCCCAUCCAACUUAUGUGGGUGCGUCGGGUGGUCCCAACAAAC